AGAAGUGAGAAAGUUUACCCAACUUCCUUACAUGCUGUGUAACUGCUUGAUGACAGAGCAAUGUCAUGUUCAUCUUCAAGCCAAGAUGUCUCUGUAGAAGACAGGAAUAUGUCGCAGGUUGUUGUGUUUCUGCUGCUCUUGGGUGGAACAGCAUCUGCUUUCUUUCCUGCCGGUGAGUCUCAAUGUAACGGCAUCCUGGAGAACGCUCAUUGCUCCGCCACGCUUGGAGGAUCGGUCUACAUCCAAGUCAUGGUCGACGUGGGCGACCAUCAGCUGCGGUGUAAGAAACAGCUCCCCGGUGGACCAGUUGUUGUGUUCACGGUGAAAAGAAAAAAGGCGGUUAUCCAGGAAGCCCUCAGGAACCGAACAGAGUUCUUUGUCAACAAUGGGACUUUAAAAAUGUCCAGCAUUGAGAGGACGGACUCGGGUCAAUACGUAUUGGAGGUGUUCGAUCCCAAUGGACUUCGUGUAAAUACCAUUACAGUAGAAUUGGAUGUUCAAGAAAACAUGUAUUCCAUCCUGGUUCCAGUUUGCACCGCACUGGCCGCCCUGCUGGUGAUUGUGGUCGUGUCUUGCUGUGUGUACAAGAUAACCAGGCGAAACAGGAAGUCAGGUUCAGGAAAAUCCAGAGAAAAACAGCCAGCAGUAGAAUUCUGGAAACGCAGUGACAAUUUUCAUCACGGACCAAAAUAAACCCUCCAGGAGGCAUCAGCAACAAGACCUGCCAUCUCUGCAUCUUGGGGUUCGUCACCACCACUUCAUGACAGAAUACUCCAGCCUAAUACGAACCCUGCGGAGAUUUCUAUGGCGGAGAGGCUUGAUGGGAUGCUGGCAACGAUGGCCGAAUGGAGGAGAUGUUUUGACUCCUUUCAAGGUCCCUCCUUUGGGGACGUCUUGGAUCCGUCCCUUGAGGGGGGGGGGCUAUGAGUAGCUGUGUAGCUGGGGAGACACAACUACUUCUAACUCCAGUGGAUCUCCCGCAGUCGGUGCCAUCCACCCAGGUGGGACUACAGACGCCGCCAUCCACCCCAGGGGGCCUGUGGACGCCAUCAACCCCGGUUAGCCCUCCCACGCCGGCAGACGAUCUGCCUGCUCUUCUGACUCCGCCCACGCCGGCAGACGAGCCGCCUGCUCUUCUGACUCCGCCCACGCCAGCAGACGCUGAAAUGUCCUUAUUUUUGAAGGAAAAGCACUGUACUUUUCAAUGAAGAUAACUUUAAACUAGUCUUAACUUUAAAGAAAUACACUCUAUACAUUGCUAAUGUGGUAAAUGACUAUUCUAGCUGCAAAUGUCUGCUUUUUGGUGCAAUAUCUACAUAGGUGUAUAGAGGCCCAUUUCCAGCAACUAUCACUCCAGUGUUCUAAUGGUACAAUGUGUUUGCUCAUUGGCUCAGAAGGCUAAUUGAUGAUUAGAAAACCCUUGUGCAAUCAUGUUCACACAUCUGAAAACACUUUAGCUCGUUACAGAAGCUACAAAACUGACCUUACUUUGAGCAGAUUGAGUUUCUGGAGCAUCACAUUUGUGGGCUCAAUUAAACGCUCAAAAUGGCCAGAAAAAGAGAACUUUCAUCUGAAACUCCACAGUCUAUUCUUGUUCUUAGAAAUGAAGGCUAUUCCACAAAAAAUUGUUUGGGUGACCCCAAACUUUUGAACGGUAG